CUGUACGCCAUGCGGUAAAGUUGUCAAGGUAUUAGGUAAAUGUCAUUAUGUCACAAGCCAUCAUAAGCAACACGAGCUAUUUACUUUUAAACGUGGUCGAUUUAUUACUAGACAUACUUUCGUACGUAGGUCAAUUUAUAUUACACGUAUUAAAAACAAUAGUGCAACAUUUAUUAAAUCUAAAUAUGUUAGAACAGUCUAAAAAGCGUAAAAAACAUAAAGAAAAAGGUAAGCCAGUAGACGUGACUGUAAAAAGAGGUGUUAUAGAUGUUAACUGGCAGUUAUUACUAUCGAGCACGCUCAUGGAGAAGAAAGAAGUAAAACAACAGAAGCCUGAAAAUAGAACUAAUUACACAGGAACGUUUAGACGGGCGCGAAUAAAGAAAUAUAAGGAGUUCAACGAAAACGUGAAAAAAUUAGAAAUUCUCAAUAUCAACAAAGUUCCUUUUGUUACGAAAAACGGUAAGAAAGAAAUUAAUGUUGAGGAUGACGAGAAAAAAGAUCAGGGUAGUGAGAAACAACGUCAAAUUACCAAAUUCUUGGCCAUGGACUGCGAAAUGGUAGGAAUCGGGGAUCAAGGAAAUGACCACAUGCUAGCCAGAGUGUCGAUAGUCAAUAAAUUUGGUGAUUGCGUUUACGACAAGUUCGUGAAACCGCGUGAAGAAGUAGUGGAUUACAGAACUAGUAUCAGCGGAAUUAGAAAGGAAGACCUAAUAAACGGGGAAGACUUUGCAACUGUUCAAAAAGAAGUAUCUGAACUCUUAAAAGGCAAAAUACUCGUGGGACAUUCGUUGAAGAAUGACUUGAGUGUUCUUUUCCUGUCACAUCCGAAAAAUAAUAUACGAGAUACAUCCAGAUACAAGCCGUUUAGAACAAUAACCAAAGGCAGUACUCCGUCCCUUAAAAGACUUGCGAAAGAAAUACUCGGCAUCGACAUACAGCACGGCGAACACAGCUCCGUCGAAGACGCAAAGGCAGUGAUGCAGUUGUACUGUACGGUAGCCAGAAGUUGGGAACGAGACCUCAGUCAAAAGGCGGGUUACAGUAGAAAAUUUAUUGAAGUAUGAUUAUUGUUUAAUGAUUUUUUUUUUUCUCAAGACUAUGAUAAUUAUCAAAAAACUCAAAAAAUAAUAAAGAAUUUAAUAUAUAAAUUACUAAAUUGUCAUGAUAAUACUUUAAACUCCCCUGUUCACCUUAUAAGCAACAUAUUGAGUGGAUAAACCCUUAAAACUUUAGCCAAAUUAAUGCUCUUAAAGACACAUCCUGACAGGUUAACUUUGUUUGAUCUGAAAUUAAAUCAGUUUGUGAGCAUAGGUAAUUUAAAUUUAAAUUUUAUGUACAUAAAAUAAUUAUAUAUAUAUAUAUAUAUAUA